UCAGAGUUAUCAUUUAUCCCACUUUUUCUCGACUUCUGGUGUUGACUUCUGUGCGUUGGUCAGGUCCUGGUCUUUGUGUUGCGACGAGUAAGCAUGUGGUGGUCUCUGGUCCUGGCAGUGUGUGUCGUGCACACGCAUCUUAUUGCCGGCUUCCAAGCUCUGAAACAAUCGCCGGACCUUUUAGAGAUUGUCACGAAGCUUGAAACACCAGGCAAGCUAGGGUUGUCAAGGAAACUGAGUUCUGAUGAUGUUAUAACCAUCGACCUGAGCGAGACAUCAAGCAGAAACAUAGCUCGAGAUAUCGCCGCCGCAGAUCCUUCUCCAGCAUGUGUGGACAAGAUCUCUGGGUGCUCGAGCUGGGAGAGAUAUAUGGCUACAGCCUGUGCCACGUCUACAUCCCCUGGGCACACAACUACUGCCCUCGUUACUGUGACCUCUGUCAACACCCAUCGGAUACAGAAGCUUCCACUGGUCUACCACCAAGAAGCAGCAACGCGACACCUGCUACUGCUGACCCUGUGACAUCUGGACCGGAUGCCACCACCCAAGAAGUGCCGGGGGAGACCACACAAACCACUAGCUGCUGUGUGGAUCAGAUCGGUUGGGAGAAGUGCAUAACACACAAAGAAGAUUCCUGUGAGGGGAUUUACAUUCCAUGGGCCCAGGCGAACUGCCAAGCUUUCUGUGGCUUUUGUCAGCCCUGUCCCAUAGAGCCGUGUGAGGAUACGAUCUCCAACUGCGACCAGUAUGGCGAGGACGCGUGUGUCGCCGAGAGCUUCAGGAUGUGGGCCGUCACCAACUGUCGCAAGACGUGCAACCGUUGCUACAACUAUGGAUAUCACAACAAAUGGAACACAAACGUGACAACUCCCGCAGUGGGCACUACAAGUGAACAAGGCGAUGUGCCAACGCCAGGGCCGACAAUAUGUCAAGAUAAACUUCCUAACUGCACCCACUAUAUGGAGGAGAGCUGCUGUGGUGUCUACGAGCCCUGGGCCCGCGACAACUGUGCCAGCUACUGCGGCUUCUGUGGGGUUCCUCCGCAGCGGAACUGUACAGACAACAUAGACUUUUGUGACCGAGAACCCGACGACCUGUGCACCAACCCCAGCUACCGCCUCUUCCGCAUGGAGAACUGCGCUGGUUUCUGCCGCCUGUGUGACAAACCCUGGGUACCUCCUUCGUGUUCUGCAUAUCUUUAUCCAGAGACGACUCCUGCCCUUUCUACCGAUGGGUCUUCAUCUUCGACGGUGAUCCCAGAAUAAAUCCAAUUCAGCUUUGUUCAAUGGAUCAGUAAUGUAUUCAAGACCAUCCAGUAGUUUAAAUAUGUAAUUGUCAACCACAAAUCGCUCUGUUAAAAUAUCUUAAAAUAAUAAAAUCCUGUUGUGUUUGGUUCCAA